CCGAGGCCCGCGAUGAGGAGGCCAUGGCUGGGUACUACGAGCGUGUGGCGCGGGGUACCGAUGUAGCUGGGUUGUUGGAGGAAAUGACAGCGAAGAAUGAGGCGCGAAUUGAGCGCCUGGAGGCCAUGUCUGGUCGGGCUCACGAGACGAUUUGGUAUCCGUUCACGCAGCACCACGGGAUGGCGCCGAAGGAUAUUACGGUAAUUGAUUCGGCGUACGAUGAUUUCUUCCAGACUUAUAAGCCCGCGGAGCCCUCGCAGGAGGGUGGACUGCGGGCAACGUUCGAUGGCUCCGCCUCGUGGUGGACGCAAGGUCUCGGGCACGGAAACCCCGAUCUGGCCCUGUCGGCGGCGUACGCUGCAGGUCGCUACGGUCAUGUCAUGUUCCCCGGGAAUAUCCACGAGCCUGCACUGACUCUGGCGGAGACGCUACUGCAGACGGUGGGGAACCCGCGUCUGCAGAAGGUCUUUUACAGCGACAAUGGCAGCACGGGCAUGGAGGUGGCUAUUAAGAUGGGUCUUCGGGCGGCAUGUGACCGGUACGGCUGGGAUGCCAGCCAAGAGCAGAUUAGUAUCCUCGGCCUCAAGGGCAGCUACCACGGUGAUACGAUCGGAGUGAUGGACUGCUCGGAACCUUCUACAUACAACAAGAAGGUGGAGUGGUACCGGGGUCGGGGCUACUGGUUCGAUUACCCCCAGGUGCAGAUGUCACAGGGAGUGUGGAAGGUACAAAUCCCCGAGAAUCUGCGGUCGGCCUUGGGGCCUGACCUCGAGUACUCGUCGUUGGAUGCGGUGUUCGAUCUGGAGACGCGGGUCGCCUCGGAGGUUGGACAGCGCUACCAAGAGUACAUCCGGGAGACGAUCGCAGAGCUGGUGCAGCAGCAGGGAAUGAAAUUUGGCUCGCUGAUCAUGGAGCCGGUGAUCUUAGGAGCGGGAGGUAUGCUAUUCUGUGACCCCCUCUUCCAGCGGUGCCUGGCUGAAGUGGUGCGCGGUCACCCGGAGCUCUUUGCCCCUGGCGCCACUGCAGGCGCGGCGGCGGGAUCGUCGUGGUCAGGACUCCCAAUCAUCUUCGACGAGGUGUUCACCGGGCUGUACCGGCUGGGACAGCGAUCGUCGGCCUCUUUUCUUGGGGUGGAUGCCGACAUCGCGGUCAACGCGAAGCUGCUCACAGGCGGGCUGGUACCGCUGUGCACGACGCUGGCGAGCAACGAGGUGUUCCAGGCGUUCUCGAGUCCGCACAAGAGCGAUGCACUGCUGCACGGGCACAGCUACACGGCGCACGCGGUUGGUUGCCAAGUCGCGGUGGACUCAUUGCGAACGAUGAAGCAGCUGGAACGCAGUGGGGCAUGGGACAAGUACCGGCGGGAUUGGCAGCCGGCGGCACUCCCCUCUGCGCCCCGGGCGCGACCGGAGGUCUGGAGCGUCUGGUCGCAUGGGUUGGUAGGGCAGCUGUCCCAAGCGCCGGCUGUGGAGGGGUUAUUUGCCCUGGGAACGGUUUUGAGUAUUGCCCUGAAGGAUACUCAGGGCGGAGGAUACACGUCGACGGCGGCCCAAGGACUGCAGCAGCGGCUGGCAGCGGGUGGGGAGCAUUUUGCAGUGCAUUCACGCGUGCUGGGCAAUGUGCUGUACCUGAUGGCCAGUGUCACGUCAACCCCGGAAGCAUUGCGGGAGAUUGAGGAAGUGCUGCGGGCGGCGUUGUUGGUGGAGUGAAGAAGAUUCUUCCGAUCAGAUCUAUACAGUGUAUACGACACAAUACACCAUAGGUAACGAACGACAAACUACGUAUAGUAUUAAACUAGUAUAGUAUAGGGAUAGACAUAACAUAACGGAC